AUGGCGUCCUACAUUGAUGCUGACAGAAGGCUGGUGCUGUACAGUACUGUGCAAUACGUGGGUGCACCACACUUCAUCUCGGUGUCAUGUGCGCAGGCGGGAGAUGGGGCGGGGGUGCGGGCGGCGCUACGGGCCGGGGCGAACCACCACCUGCCGGGACCCGAGGGACGUCUGCCACUGCACGUGGCGGCGGCGGCAGGUCAUGCAGAUGCUAUCACUGGGCUGUUACAGGCUGGCGCCGACCUGCACGCCCCCAGCGGCAUGACCAGGGAUGACGGUAGGAGGGCGGGCGCUGCAUCUGGCGGCGGAGGGCGGCCACGUGGAGGCCCUCAGGUUGUUGGCGGCGGCGGGGCUCCUCUGGACGGCACGGAUGACAAAGGUCGAACAGCAGUGCACUGGGCGGCGCUAAGAGGUCAACAGGAGGCGCUUGUGACCUUACAUACCCUCGGCUGUGACCCCCACGCCCUGGAUAAAGGUCAUGCUAACGCCCUCCACUUCGCUGCGGCCUCGGGGUCACUGGAGACUGUGCGCUGGCUGGUGGAGGUCACAGGCGUCUCCGUGACUCAGACUGACCACAAUGAUAGGUCACCGUAUGUCGUGGCCAAGAGGAAAGGUCAUAAGAACUUGCUGGGUUUUUUAAAGCAAGCACAGGAGAGAGAGCAGAGUCAGCACUCAGCACACCACCGCCAGCAGAGUCAGCCGAGCCCCUCAGCAUGGGUAUACAAUCAGUCUGACAGUCAGCACCAGUCAGCACCCUGGAGAGGAAGUCAGCACGGUCAGCGCGCCUCUGUAACUCGCGCCAGAAGUCAGGACCUGUCAACAUUGGGUCAGCAGCAGCAGAAUCAGCACUCCUACCCACCGCGGCCAAAAAGUCAGCACAGUUUACCAGCACCAAAUCAGCACCAGGUUGUGACUCGUGGUUAUAGUCACCCAGAGUCAGCAAGUUGGGAUUCGAGUCAGCGCGGGUCCAUGUCGAGUCAGAAAAGUCCGCAGCAGGUUGUGUCUCGUCAGCAGGAAUCAGCAAACUGGGAUUCGAGUCAGCAGAAUCAUCACCAGGUUGUGACUCGUGUGCAUAGUCAGCCCGAGUCAGCAAGGUGGAAUUCAAGUCAGCAUAGAUCCUUGUCACGUCAGCAGAGUCAGCGGAGCACGUCAACAUGGGUGGAGAGUCAGCAGGAGCGUCAGCACCAGGAGAGGGAGGAGCCGCGGUCAGCACUCGCGCUCCUCACUCAGCAGAACCAAGAUUAUAAGCGGAGAAUUGCGCAGCUGGAGGAGCAGGAGGCACAGGCGCGGCAGAGGACAACAUCUGACCAAACCUCCCUUGCUGAACUCAGGAAGGAGGUGGAGAGGCUCACUGGAAUCCUUCAGAGUGAGGGUCGAGAGGCGGCCAGCAUGGAGGAGGUGGCGGCACUGCGGGAGGAGGUGCAUCAUCUCAACUUUUUACUGGAAGACACGGGGAGGCGCGCCCUUGCCAACCAGGAGGAACAGCAGCGGAAGAUUGAGAGUCUAAAGGGCCAGGAGGAACUCAACCAGAGGACCGUGGCGGAGCUAACGAGGAGACUGACACUGGCUGAGGAGAGCAACGUGGCCAUGAUGGCUGAGGCGAGAGACAGAGAGAGAAGCGAGACCCUCCUGAGAGGCGAGGUGGACAGACUGAAGCUGAGUCUGUCCUCUGCACCAAAAUCUGAAGCAUUUGCACAACUGCAGGCGCGGGCGAACAGACUGACUGAGCAGGACACCCUUCACAGGCAGGCCAUCCUUGCCUUACGCAGACAGCUGGAGGCAACCCGCGUCCCCUCCCCCGCCCCCCAGCCAAACCCCCUGCUUUCCACUUCUUCGGCUCCGGACCAGAGAAGGCUGAAGGAGGCGUUGCUGCAGGCUGAGAAGAGCAGGGAGGAGGUUGCCGCGCUCUCCGCCCAGCUGCAGGCCACACAGGGUAGACUGGCCGAGGCUGAGCGGCUGGUCGUCUCUUAUAAGCGGCAGUUGGGGGAGUGUGUUAGAGAGCUGCGAGAGGAGCGGGAGAGGGGAGACCAGAUGACGGCGGCGCUGCGGGAGGAGGUGACGGAGCUAAGGGGCAGAAUGGAGGCAGUGAAGAGAAGGGCUGUGGCUUCCCUCACCCGCGCCCCGUCCUCCUCCGAUGCCUGAGAGAGAGAGAGAGAGAGAGAGAGAGAGAGAGAGAGAGAGAGAGAGAGAGAGAGAGAGAGAGAGAAUUUUUUUAUGGUGAUUGUAAUGUAUGUGAUAGUAAUGAUGCUAUUGUUGUUGUUAUUAUUAUUAUUAUUAUUAUUAGGACAAAUUCAAACGAUCAAUUUUUAACUAGACUUUUUUUUUCCCUUAUAGAAUUAGUUUAGAGAUGUAAGCAGUAGUCGCGUCAAGUACUUUGUCAAAUGUAGUACAACAAUAAACCUGCCAAUCACA